UGUUUUCUGGUCUCCAGGUUACACGAGAACACUUUGUUGUUUUUUGUAUUUGUAUUAUUUGUAUUAAGGAUAAGGUGAAGAUGAAGAAAACAAACGGGACCGGCCUCAGGGUUAGAGCAGCGGGUCUGAACAGGUCAGCAGGAUGCUCCUGGUCCAGCUGGAUUAGGUUCAAAGGUCAUCUGAAGGAGGGCAGCUGGAACCUGGUGGCAUUUGUUGUGGGUCUGUGUCUGGCGACCCUGUACGGGGUCACGGCCCUCGUCCUGCACACACAGCCGCUGUGGCUCUGUGCCCACUCCACGGUGGCCUUGGCCGCCCUGGCUGCGUUCAGCAUGGGACUGUCCGCAGGGGUCCGCGCUGAUGUGGCAGUGAUGCUGCCUUCACUGUGCUCAGCCCAGGGCCGGAACCUCCUGCUCUUUAUGUUUGUGUGGGUGUUGUUGUCCGGACCGCUCACCAACACCCUGGAAAACACCCAGCGUGCUGCGUCCAGUCUGCUGUGUGGAGCUGAACUGGCAGCCAAUCAAACACGGGAACUCAUACUGCGGUCGACCACGCCCCUUUCCUCAAUGUUGGAUACGAUCAGAGAGAUCAGCAGCAAUGCUCACUCUGUGGCAGGAAGAGUCCAAAGGUUCGUCCACGCUCUGAGCGACAGCGUCCGUCACGUUGCUCGUACUCUGAGGAACGUCCUCCACUUCCUGGCGGACAUCGGGGACAUCUGCAACGCUAAACUGGGCUCUCCCUACAGGAAGUGCCAGUCGGUGCUCAGCGACGCUCGGAGCGAUUGCUCCAACCUGCUGGGAUACUUUAACUUCCUGUGUGACACCGUGGACGCCUUCCUGCCGCUCUGCAAUCUCGCCCGUGCUGGUGAGCUCUUUUGCAUCAUCCCCUCCUACGUUGCCAGGCAUCUGAAGAAACGACUGGCAGAGCCCGUCGUUGCAGCAUUUGAGCAGAUGAAGCGUGAAUUUGACUUCAGUAUCUCGGCGUCUGUGAACUUUGACUUGGAUGCCAACUUGAGCCGGUCUCUGCAGCAGAUGUCUCAGGAGAUUAUGGAGGAGGUUUCAUCAGACCUGCAGCUCUUUCAGAAAGUCAGCGAUCCGUUGAAGUACAGCAGCCUGGUCCUGCUCGCCUGGUCCUUCCUGAGGGCCAUGCGGUACAGACGCAGGUAUCUCACUGAACUCGACUUUGACAACUUUUACAUCACUGCUCAGUUGGAACAGCUCGACCGACAGGCGACCUCGCGGGGCGCAGCAUCAGUCCUGCCCAUCACACGCAGAGAAGCCCAGACCUACGUCUCACCAUUGGCAUUCCACCUGACGGCCAGAGAGUGGCAGGGGGUGUUGGUGGGCGUGGUCGCGGUCUUCAAACACCUCGUGAUGGGCGGUCUCCUAGUGGCUCUGGACUUCCUGGUGUUCUGGAUGCUGGACCAGGUGCACCGGCAGGUGAAGGGGGACGUGACAGCCCGAGCUCCGGUUCUGGUGGUGGUGCAAGUGAACGGGUCGGGCUACGCCUCAGACAUCUACAGAGACCUGGUGGCUGCAUUUAACAUCCUACAGAGAGGAAACAUCACCGUGAUCAGCAGGAAGUGUCUGCUGGAGCCGUCACAACCAAACUACAGCACGUGUUUCAUUCUGGGAUUUCUGCUGGGCCUGGCUCUGCUGGCGUCUCUGACUGGAGGAUUUGUGCAGCGUUGCAGACGACUCACUUGUGCAUCAUACCAUCCAGCGAGAGAACGGGAGAGGAUCCAGUUCCUGCGUCAGAAGAUCCUGGAUCAGAGAACGGCCGCAGGGAAAGCUCUGAGGGAGUGUGCGGUCAGGAGAGGAGGAGGAGGAGGAGGAGGAGCAGCAGCAGCAGGAGGAGGAGGAGGCGGCGGCCUUCACACACUGCUUCUACGCUGGAGGAGCUCACCUGUCUCGCCUCCUGGGGCUGUCACCGCCCGUCACCUGCCGUGCCUGUGGAGAGGAGAUGGGUUCUGGGGAGGACGGCAUGGUCGCCUGUGGGUUCCCAAGCUGUUCAGGUCUGUUCUGUCGACCGUGUUUCCACAGUCUGGGAAACACGUGUGUCGUCUGCACGCGACCUCUGACCUUCCAGGAAGAGGACGAGCAGGAGCUUGAAGCGGACCUGAGCGACCAGGACCGGCCCGGCUCUGAGGGAUCCCGCAGUGAGACAGUCUUCCACUCCCUCGCUGCGUCAGAGUCCAGCAGCCUGGCCGCAGUCGUCAUCCACCGACCCCACAGUCCUCCAACUGUCCAGUGGCUCCAGGAAGCAGGAUCCAGAACCUGAACAUGUUUCACCCUGAGUUAUUAAAGAAUGAAGAGAUAAGA